AUGGCCACACAAUACGAAGUCGAGCACAACAUCAAGCCCGGGCCCUCAACCCAAGAAGGAACCCGCCGCAUCGACAUGUCCUCCUUCACCUCCUUCCUCUCAAACCUCACCACAACCGACUCCCAUCACGCUGGUGCCGCCGCCGGCGGUGCCGCCCACCACAACAACCCCCACGCGAUACCAACCCCCGUAGACGCAGCAGCCCUCUACAGCCUCCUCCAACAACAGUUCCAAACCCUCUUCUCUACCGCAGACCCAAACUCCCAAAACGCGGCCUUUCUCUCCUCCCUCGUCGAAGCCCUCGAGUCCGACAUCGCCAGCCCACCCACCGAAAUCCCAGGCGUCCCCCAAGAGUACCUCGACGCCCUCGACCGCGUCCCCGCAAAGGCCCUCAAGCAAAAGCCGGACGAGGCAUGCCCCAUUUGCGCCGAGAAAUUCCUCGACGACAAGUACCCCCUCGUCGUCGAGCUCCCUUGCCACAGCAGCCACCGCUUCGACCUCGAGUGCGUGAGCCCCUGGCUGCGGAGUAAAGGCAGCUGUCCCAUGUGCCGCAAGGACUUGACCAAGAAGAAGGAGCAGGUGGUUGUGCCAGACGACGACGAGGAGAAUGAAGAUCCUGAUGGAUUGUACGCGUAG